ACUUUUUCCCUUCCUAACCCUAAAUUCCUCUUUCUUCCAAACCCUAAUUCCACUUCCCUGUUUUUCUUCACGCCUCACACACACAACCGACUCUCUCUCUCUCUCUCUCUCUCUCUCGCUCUACGCCCGAAGACUCCGGCAGCGCUCUUCAAUCGUCACCGUUCGCACACCCCCGGCAGCGCACUCUUCGCCGUUCGCAUAUCCCGAUGGAACUCCGGCAGCAGCGCUUUCAACAGAAAAGGGCACUGCAGACGAAGUUGGAUACUAUUGAAAAGAUGGAACCUAUGGAGAAAAAGGACGCAGAGAUCAGCGGUGUUAUCGCCCCUCCGCCGCCCGCCGCUGCCGCCGGUGGUGCUACGCCCACUGAUGCCGAGUCCGAAGUGGAAGACUACGAGCGCCAAGCUCGCGAGCUUAAAGCCGGCCUUCAUCCCUUGAAGCAUAAGUUUGUGUUUUGGUACACGAGACGGGCACCUGGGGUUAGGUCACAGACAUCAUAUGAGGACAAUAUUAAGACACUAGUGGACUUUAGUACGGUUGAAGGAUUUUGGGUUUGCUAUUGCCAUCUUGCACGUCCUUCCUCUCUCCCAAGUCCAACAGAUCUGCAUCUUUUUAAAGAGGGUAUUCGCCCUUUAUGGGAGGAUGCUGCAAAUUGCAAUGGUGGGAAGUGGAUAAUACGAUUCAAAAAAAUUGUUUCAGGCCGUUUCUGGGAAGACUUGGUGCUGGCGUUAGUUGGUGAUCAGCUUGACUACGGGGACAAUAUUUGUGGUGCGGUGCUAAGUAUUCGUUUCAACGAGGAUAUAUUGAGUGUGUGGAACCGGGAUGCAUCGGACCACCAGGCUGUGAUGGCUUUAAGGGACUCAAUAAAACGACAUCUGAAGCUGCCGCAUAGCUACUUGAUGGAGUAUAAGCCGCAUGAUGCAUCUCUACGCGAUAACUCGUCGUAUCGGAAUGCUUGGUUGAGGGGAUAGAUCGAUGGAUGGAGUUGUGUGUGGGUCGUCCUUCUAUGUUGGAGCAACAAAUGUUACUGGAUUAUCUGUUAUCUGCUUUGUAUUAUAUUAAGACUUUCAUUAUGACUGCUGCUAACUCGCUAUGGUGUGCGAAUUUCAAACAUGUGAUGUGACGAGUACGGUAGCUUCUAUGGUUGUUGUAGAAUGUACGUAGGCAGAAGGACAAUGAGCCGAACAGCAUAAUAUAACAUGGAGAUCUGAUUAGGAACGAUAACAUAUAUGGAUAACAUAUAUGUUGUGAUUAGCAGUAACAUAAGUAUUGAAGUUGACUACAAUAUUUCUAA